AUGGCAUUUCUCUUCACUUCUGACUUCUUCAAGGGGAUUCUUGCUCGGGAGCUCGAGUUGGAGUUUGGCAUCCCCUUUUGGAUGGUUCCAGUGAUUGGCCUGGUGCAAGCAAGCAUCGGCUUCCUAAACCUCUACGACAACGGCAAACAUUUGAUGUACUCGCAGAUGAUUCUUGGUUUCUUGAUGGGAGGCUGUUUUUUUUCACACACGCAUUUGGCCAAAAAUGCGAAGAAUUCGUCGAGUGCUGUCAUAUUCCUCGCCUUCGGGAUUGCUAUUCACUACCUGCAAGGGUAUCUUGAUCUCCAUAGUGCGAUCUUGCUGCAAUGUGGCUGCGGGAUGCUCGGGCAUGGCGGUGAUCGAUAUUUGUUACAGAUGAUUGUCCCUCCUGCUGUGAAGGCACGAGAGGAGCAGGUGCAGGAGAAGAAGCAGCAGUAA